AUGACGCUGAUGUUUCGUAACCCCUGCUGGCCUGGUGACGUGUUCAUCAUGCACUUUGGCUCUGGAGACAACAAGUCAACACAUCCCAAGUCCUAUAAAAUCAGCCCUCUCCGCGGUGGCUCUGCGUCUGUCUCUGCUGCACAGGACACCAACUUUACCAUCAUGAACAAGCUUCUGGUUAUCACUGUGCUCGCUGCCCUGCUGGCAAUCAAUGUGGAGGGCUUCCGUGUGUCCAGGCAGGCGGCGGAGGAGGCUGAGCAGGAGGAGCAGGGCACUCUCUCAAAGAUGACCAACGCAUUCAGGGGUUACUACGAGAAGUCAAUCAACACAGCCAGCGGAUAUCUGGAAAACGUCAAAGGCCUCAAGCUGGAGGAGAAGGCAAAGAACUUCUAUGACGAGAGCACUAAAGUUAUGAGCACAUACGCUGGAAUCGUGCAAGACCAGAUUUACCACAUCUUCACUCAACAGCAGUAA